GUUAAUGGAAUUUCAGCUAUUCGUUUUGCCCAAAAUACUGGUGUCUUUCCACAGGGUCGAGAUGGAGUACUUGAGGUUAAGUAUGAAGGAUCAUGGACGCCGAUCUGCAAUUUUGGCUUUGAUUACGUUGCGGCUUCGACAGCAUGCUACAUGUUGGGAUUUCCACCAUAUGGAUUCACCAUAUACAAGAGCAGCCAGUAUGGAAACGUUUCCGCUAGAUUAUCUAACUUUAAUUGCACUGGUCGUGUUAAACUGGGACCAAAUCCUCCAGAACCUUCGUCAGUACAUCUUGGAAAUUGUGAAUUUUCAACCAAUGUACCGAGAGAAUGCAAUCAUGCUUCUCGCAACGUUGCUAUAGCUUGCAUGGAGCCGGCAGUUUUGGAUAAUUUCGAUGACGCAUUACCUCCGACUUUUGCCCCAGUUUCAUGUAGAACUCCAAAUAUCUGGAGAAUGAUAAAAUUAAAACUUUUAGGUCCUGGGAAUUCAAGUGAGGUGCGUUUGACACAUGGAGAUGGAAAAUCUGGUCUUUUGGAAGUCAAGAGUCCCACAAGUGAAGAAUGGGGGACAGUUUGCGCUGAUGGCUUUGGGAUAAAUGAGGCAAAGGCCGUUUGCAGAAUGCUUUGCUCAAGCAGUGACGACCUUGCAUAUGCCCAUCCAGUUAUUAAUAUGUUCGGAACUGUGUCAGAGGCUGCGCGAAAUAUGCCAAUUCAUUUAGCUCGACUGAGUUGCCCGGUUGGAGCGCAGUCGUUGAAUGACUGUUCCCUUGGAGAUGGUUGGGGAAAUGUACAGGGUUGUUCUCAUGCACUUGAUGUCGGAGUUAUUUGUGGACCUCCCGAUGAAGUAUUGAGACCUCCGCGUAUGCCCAUAGAAACUUCCCUGGAAUGUGACCACGAAAUAGCUAAGGUUUAUUUUAAGAAGGAAGAACUUGGAGAGGCUGAUUCUUCAACUGUUUACCUUAAUCGGACAAAUCUACCAGGCGAUUGUACCUUCAAAUUCUCUGAACUUGAUGAAUACGGGACUGAGAGCACAUUAAUUGAAGUCCUCAUUCCUAUGGACAAGUGCGGAGCUACAUAUGAAGGGAGUAAUUCGACAGUCCUAGCCCUACAUAUUCCUCUGAUAGUGAAUACUUCAAAGGCUCCCUAUCAAGACGAAAGUUAUGAAAGUGGCGGAGUGUCAAGAGAAAAGAUUUUUAUUCUGCCAAUAACGUGCCUUAUCCCCCGUCGAUCCUCCGUUGAUUCACCCAUUCAUGCAGCUGCUACAAGCCGUCUGGAGAACUUGGUUUCCCUCAGAAAAACUCCCAAUGUCCAGAUAGGCUAUUUUGCUGAUAGACUGUUCCGAAGACAAAUAAGCGAGAGAGUUAACAUCAUUCCAAAUCGUCGAGUCUACGUACGAGUUUCAAUUGAACGACCAGAACAAUAUAGCAAGCUAGUUUUAACAAACUGUGUGUUAUCGAACAACAGAUCUAUGGAGUUGAGUAUUCCAUUAAUUUCCAAAGGAUGUCUAGUUUCAAAUGAAAUUCAGCUUCUUCCGAUUUCUCGAAGUGCAGUCGGAUUUUCAUUUGAAACAACCUACUUUAGAAAGGCAUCACAAAGCAUUCGAGGAGGAAAUAUGCUGGAAAUGUUUGUCAGUUGUCAAACACGUCUUUGUCACAUUCAUGAAACAGGACCGGAGUGUAUCCAAAGUUAUUGCAACUGA